AUGGAGCUAGCUAAGGUAUCUGAGAUGGCUGCAGCCCUUUUUCAGCCCUUGCGGUACAGUUCACUUGCCUACAAGAUUGGUUUUCCUCAGCAAGAAACUGGGGAGGCCAAAGGCCGGCAAGGUGAUAGUUGUGAUUGUGUUCUCUUUGGUUGCUCUCAUGGAGGAUCAGCAAUUUUCUAUCCAUUUGGCUCGGCGAUCGGAGACGUUCAAACUCUUGUUAAUUAUGGUGGUGAAGACUCCGCUUUAGUUAACCUGUCCAGGCCAUUUGUAUAUUUUGGGCGCACAUACAAUCGAAUAUAUGUUAACUAUAAUGGACUGCUUUCAUUCAACCAAUCGACAAUAGAAGAUCCUUACACAUUUGGAAGCCCAUAUGGAAGUCAAGAUGUAAUUGCUCCUCUCUGGGCUGACUUCGAUGACUAUGGAAUUAUUGCAUUUUACUAUCAGCAGUACACAUCUGGAAAUGUCCUCACACGAGCUACAGAAGAUAUCAAACGCUAUUACCCUGGGCUGAGAUUUAAUGCUACUUGGGUCUUUGUAGCAACUUGGGACUAUGUUCAAACUACAGAUUUAAACACAUUUUUACAGCAUUCAGCCCCAUCAAACUUGUUUCAAGCGGUUUUAAUUUCGGAUGGUGUCUCCUCCUUCAUUCUGAUGAACUAUGGUAACAUGAGUGUGAUCAAUUAUCCAGUGGAGGCCGGUUAUGACACAGUUGGCUCCACACAUUACUUUGUCAUUCCUGGGUCAAACAUUGGCAACUUCAUCCCCUACCUAAAGUCCUCAAGUAAUGUAAACACUCCAGGCCGUUGGGCUUUCUCUGCCAAUCAAGGCAUUGUACAAUUUUCAGAGAUUUUCUAUCCAGUCGGCUUAGCAGUCGGAGACAUUCAGACUCUUGUUAAUAAUGGUGGUGAAGACUCUGCUUCAGUUUACCUAGCCAGUCCAUUUGUAUAUUUUGGGCGCACAUACAAUCGAAUAUAUGUUAACUAUAAUGGACUCCUUUCAUUCAACCAACCUUUACAAGAAGGUCCUUACAAUUUUCCUAAUAGAAGUCAAGAUGUAAUUGCUCCUCUCUGGGUUGACUUCGAUGACUAUGGAAUUAUUGCGUUCUACUAUCAGCAGUACACAUCUGGAAAUGUCCUCACACGAGCCACAGAAGAUAUCAAACGCUAUUACCCUAGGCUGAGCUUCAGGGCUACUUGGGUCUUUGUAGCAACUUGGGACUUUGUUAACACUACAGAUUUAAACACAUUUUUACAUCAUUCAGCCCCAUCAGUCUCGUUUCAAGCCGUUUUAAUUUCGGAUGGUGUCUCCUCCUUCAUUCUGAUGAACUAUGGUGACAUGAGUGUGAUCAAUUAUCCAGUGGAGGCCGGUUAUGACACAGUUGGCUCAACAAAUUAUUUUGUCAUUCCAUGGUCAAAAAAUGGGACAUUCAUCCCAUUCCUCAAGAACACAACUAAUGUAAAUGUGCCAGGGCGUUGGGCCUUUACGGUGAAUAGAGAAAAAGUGGUAGGGCUACAAAUGAAAGUUACCUCAUUUCUGAACCUAACAGACAGUGGAAACCUUGCGUUUGUUAUGCAAAAACUGAAAGAUGAGCUGGUUAAUCGUGGCAUGCCACUUAAUGUGCGGGUGACUGCACGCAAAGUCCAGAAGACAAAGCCGUAAAACAACCCUCAUAUACAGAAGCAAAUAAAAACCAGUUUUAGUCUCUGACACCAGAUAGUCUUGCUGUUGUCACUUUAAUAAAUGAAUGUUGCUCAACAGGAUCAGGAACAUUUGUGCUCUCAACUUUCUGUUUCACAUAUACAGUACAUACAUAACACACAAAUCAAAGCAGAAAACAUCUAAAGCACAUUCUUUCUAACAAUUCACUGGUUGUUUUUAAAUACCCUGACAACUAUUUCUUUUGUAAGAUUCAUGUUUAAAUCAUAAAGCGUAAUUGUAAAAUGUUGUUGAUCACUAUUUCUUUUAUUAUUUCUUCUUGUAAG